CCCCGCUAUGAUGAUCAUUGGUUCAUUUGACCAUGAGAUUCAUGGACCUUGUCAAAGUCUCACCAGAAGGAGUUCUUGAUUUAAAUGAGGUAUCUCGGACACUAGGGGUGCGGAAGCGAAGAGUGUAUGAUAUCACAAAUGUGCUGGAUGGAAUACAUCUUAUUCAGAAAAGGUCCAAGAACCUUAUCCAGUGGGUUGGAUCAGAUAUUAAGGGUAUUACUAUCAGGACACCAGAGCACCAAAAGUUAAGAGAUGAACUUUAUGACUUAACAGAAAUGGAAGAAGCAUUAGAUGAAUUAAUCAAGGACAGUGCUCAUCAAUUGUAUGAUUUAACAGAUGACAAAGAAAUGGCAAGACUAGCUUAUGUAACCUAUCAAGAUAUCCGUAGCAUUCAGACAUUUCAAGAACAGAUUGUUAUUGCAAUCAAGGCUCCAGAAGAAACCAAAAUGGAGGUACCAGUUCCUAAACAAUGAGCAAUAUCAGAGAUACGAAGAACUGCUAGCCUACUGAGGCAUUUGAUUACUGAACUUCCACUUCAUGGACUUCUCUGGAUGUGCUUCAUUGAGAGCCAGUGCAGGCACCACAAAUUUCUGUCUCAACUACAGUUAAGAGAACAAGAGCAGGCACUGGAUUUGCCUUGAGCUAAUAUUUCUCCCCUAACCUUUCCUUUGGCACAGAAGUUGAAGGUAAAGUAGCAUCUUGCCUUCUCCUUUUCAUGCUGGUUUUGCUCUGGAAUAAUGUGUUCAUAACUAAAUGACGAAGUUAUACUGUGCUGUCAUGAAAAAAAAUCCUUAAAUUAAAAAUCUGAAAACAUG